GCAUGCUCCAACCGCGGCGCCCCCGACUCCGCGCUCGGCUGGGUUCGGGCAUUUCCGCCUCUUUGUUUUAAACUCCGGACAGGUUUUUUUCCUCCUCCUCUUGGGGGGGAACCGGAGGGAGCGGCGCCCCCUCCUCCUCCCGGCUCGGCCUCCGCGUGCGCCCCGCUCGCCAGCAACCCGAGACCGCAGGCUUCACCAUGUAGCAGGCUCCAGGCUGUCAUUCUUAGAAAAUGGACAGAGAGCAGGGCCCAAGAGGACGGUGCAGCUGUGGGCCGGAGUGUAGAGCAAGGCAGGAGUGUUGUGCUGGAGUGGUGGCCUGAAGCCCCCAUGCCCCCGCAGAGGGACGGACAGGCAGACGUCUAGAGGAGGAGCCAAAGAUGCUGACCAGGAAGGUCAGGCUGUGGGACAUCAACGCCCACAUCACCUGCCGCCUGUGCAGCGGGUACCUCAUCGACGCAACCACGGUGACGGAGUGUCUGCACACGUUCUGCCGGAGUUGUCUGGUGAAGUAUUUGGAAGAGAAUAACACCUGCCCGACCUGUCGGAUCGUGAUCCACCAGAGUCACCCACUGCAGUACAUUGGUCAUGACAGAACCAUGCAGGACAUUGUUUACAAGUUGGUACCGGGCCUCCAGGAAGCGGAGAUGAGAAAGCAGAGAGAAUUCUACCACAAACUGGGCAUGGAGGUGCCUGGUGACGUCAAGGGAGAGGCCUGCUCUGCGAAGCAGCACGUGGACCCUCACCGCAACGGUGAAACCAAAGCAGAUGACAGUUCAAACAAAGAGGCUGCAGAGGAGAAACCAGAGGAGGACCAUGACUACCACAGGAGUGACGAGCAGGUGAGCAUCUGUCUGGAGUGCAACAGCAGCAAACUGCGGGGGCUGAAACGGAAGUGGAUCCGCUGCUCUGCCCAGGCCACUGUGUUGCACCUGAAGAAGUUCAUCGCCAAGAAGCUUAACCUGUCAUCCUUCAAUGAGCUGGACAUCUUAUGCAAUGAGGAGAUUCUGGGCAAGGACCACACACUCAAGUUCGUGGUUGUCACGAGGUGGAGAUUCAAGAAGGCGCCCCUGCUGCUGCACUACAGACCCAAGAUGGACUUGCUGUGAGACACCAGCACCUGCAGACUCAGCCCUUGCACCCCCAGGUGUCCUGCGUGGGGUCCUCACAGCCACGCACUUCAGAAUGUUGCCUCUGGGUGUUGUGUGGACCAGACUUCUGAAUAUAGAAUAUUUAUAACUUUUGUAUGCGAGAAUUCACACUCAACAAGACACUACCAGCACCACGUUUACGGAGGAUGAAAACACUUCACAGUGGCGUGUAGCCGAGUAAUGCUCUUCUAUUUGCUUCAGAUUCACAAUGGAGUAACAGCUAUAGCGCGGCCUGGUUUGAAAGUCACCUUGACACAGAUCACUUUUGCUUGCUUUCCAGGUCUUGAAAAUCUGAGUUCAUUUCAGUUUAGUUUGUGAAUUAGAUUUUAUGAUAAGCCUCAAAAAUACUUGUGCUUUUAUGGAAUCCUUCCUAAGUUAUUGGAAAAAUAUCUUUUCAUGGUGAAUGAUGAUAUUUAUGUUGCCUUUGGCUUCCUAAAGACUUCAAAGAUAUAUAAAAGUUUAAUUUAAAAGCAUACCAAAAGAAGUUUCCAUUAAUACCACGAUUUAACUAUGAUAUUUAAUUUUCACCUUAUGAAACACAACAAAGGCCACAGCCGCGAAUUCAUCACCUUUGUGUUGUUUGGCACUGUGGGCCAGUCAGUGUGUGGGAUCUGUGGGACAGACACUCGCCACAGGCCAGGCAGGGGAGGAAAUGGGUGGGGGUGGCCACACCUGGCGAUUUCUGACACAUGGGGUAGACCAGAGGCGGUUUGACCGACUCAAGUGUUGGUUUGCAAAACAAUUCUUGUUUUUAAAAAGUACUUAUUAAAAAGGGCACAAAUUGUUGAUUUCCUACUUUUUCCCAUUUUCAUUUUGCUGAAGAGAAAGGUGGUGGUGUCUGUGGUGGCUCCUUCCUGCAAGGCCCAUUAGAUGAAGCUCGGGGUGUCUGGUGCCCAGGGACAGUGUGCUGGUAACAGCAUCAGGAUAGUGUACGCCAUGCACCAUGCUCACUUGCAGAUGGGUCGUUUCCAUCGUUCUCCCCCCACCCCGCCCUGUUGGUGGAAGUAGCUUACAGGCCAUGGCAGUUGUUAGUAGAAGGCAUUUGAGCUUGUGGGAGGGCGAGCAGGCUAGGGGGUCAGAGGGCAGCUGCUGCCACCCCCAGAAGCUGCCUUUUGGCCACAGGCAGUACACACCAUCAGCCCCUCUCCUCACAGACUUAGUAUUUUUGUCAAAUUAGGGAAUGACCUCUUUGCAGGACAUGAAUAUUUUUUCCCUUAAAACAGUAACUUAGAGUGUAGAAAGGCAAGAAUGAGGAGAAAGGAGCCAUUUUCUGGAGUAGCCUUCAUUGUAAUCUCCACUAAGAUAUUCCUGUAGGUUUCUUGCUGGUCAUUGAGCCUCCUUCCUCCCUCCUGCCUUCCAGGUCCCAGUGUUAACUGGCCACCAGCCAGUUUCCAUGAAGUAUUUCACCUUAGAGACGAGAAUUUUUUCUUAAAUUUUCUUUGGAAGUUAUGUUUGUCUCAUUAACACACAGUUUGUUCUCUUCUGUCUCCUGUUAGAUGUGGGGUGUCAGAGCCAUCUUCCGAAGACCCAGCCGCAGGGAUGAGAAAACAAACAUUUGGGUUUAUUCUGUCCAAGUGCUUUGUGUGUGACGCCUUUUUAACACAUAAAAGCAAAUUCUUUGUUAGGAAUUGGUCAAAAUUCACCUCUUUAUUUAAACCCAUAACUCCCAGGACUGUUUGAAUUAUUCAGUUACCUAAGCUUGCUGUUCAUCCAAAUCAUGUUUUAGGGUUCUGCAAGGGUUUGUGAGUAGAUGUGUAUGAGUAAAUAUUACCUGUCUACCUCAAAAUAUACAUACUGCUGAAACAUUCUGCAAAACCAUAUCAUCACAGUGCAGUUCUAAGAGUAACAUUAGAAUUUAGGUAUUUUCGUAUGUGGUGAAAUUAAGGAAGGAUUUAAACAGUUAUAAGCCUCCAAAUUCAGAUAAAAUUAAUUCACAGUUCAGAUUAAACUUAGUAUCACUGUAAUAAUCUCAAUAUAUAUUUGUAACUUUGUAGCUAUCUUUGAAAUCACUUGACUUUGCUAUGGUGCUAAGUUGAUACAUUUAAAUAUACAGAGAGAUAAGGAUAAAUUGAAGCCAGUAUUAACGUCUCCAGCUGGUUGUGACCCUGCUUUUAUAAUUGUGUUAACCUGAUAAAACCUCAGCAGCAAAAGUACCUAUUUUUCUAAGAUUUCAUCAUGCAGACUGUCUCACUGCAGGAAAAUUUCCUUGGUGACCUUCUGCCUCUUUGGUCUGACUUCCUAGCCUUAUGUGGUUCAGAGACAGGAGCAUAAUGAGCCUCCGUCACAUGGAAGCUUCCGGCGGUCUCGUUUCAUUUCUGUCAAGCUCUCAUUUAACAUCAAAAGGCUGAAUUUUAUUUUUUCCAGCAUGAAAGCCAGGAUCAGUUAAUGACUGGAUCCUGUUAAGUUGUUUAACAGAUGGUGUUACUGUGAAGUAGUUUUCACAACUAUUUAUGCUGGUGAAACAAAUGCUGUUAAAUUACCUUAGGCAUCAUCUUCAAUAGCAGUGGGCCUAAUUAUCCAGAAUGUGGUCUCACUUGAUACCAUUUUCAAGAAAAUAAAAAAGUCAGAUAGAAUAUAUAAUAUUAAAUUUAAGAUUUGGGGGGUUAAAGAAGAAAACGUAACUUUAUAAAAUUAUUUAUUCUAUUUUAUGCCUUCUAUCAUAUUUUCCCAUCCAGUUGUUUGGUUUCAGUGGUCCAGCUUUAUUUACAGGCAUAUAAAAUGAAAUUGUGAGAUGUUUUGCAAGCUUCGUUUUAUUUUGAGUAGCUUUUAAUUUGUAUGUUUUGUUUUAUAUGGAUGACAAGCAUCUUUUAUGCUUUCGUGCAAUAGGUUUCAACAUGCAUUUGUUAGACAUCUGUUUAAAUUGUAAUGUAGCAUUUACUCUGCUAAAUUGAAAGGGAAUACAAGUAGAAUUUCAAAAUAUGUGUAUUCAGCUAUUUGGAUUCUCCUUUUUCAUUGUUGUUGUAAGAAUGCUAUUACUGGGAGGGCACCUGUUGAGAGAGAGAAGCAGCAGCAUUUACAGCCGCUCUGAGCAGGCAUCAGGGUAGCCGGGAGCCAACCUGUGGGCCACCUGGUGGGAUAGAGGACAUCACCCUUCACGGGUUUCAGCCCUCAUGUGGUCAGCCUCUGAGCCUGCUUACAGCAUCCCCAGUCUUUGGAGAUUCACUUAGUUUUUUCCUCAGAGCACACAGGAAGGCAUUUUUACAGUGGCUUGUAAUGUGGCAUUGGAUUGAAUGCUCUAGAAAUGAGCCAGCUGGUUUCUACAUUGUGCGUGAAUAUUUAAUGUGCUCUCAAAUAUUGAAAAUAAAUUUAGUGCAGAUAGCUAAAUCACAAACGAUCAGAUUCCUCUUUUUCCUCAGGAAAUCAUCUGAGCUCCACCACAUCACACAUGACCUUAAGGUAAUAAAUAAAUGUAUUUCUCUGCCUUGAUUUUUAAUAAACUAAGUAAAUAAACUGAGAUAAGUAGAUUAGGAGAUCAUUCAGAUUAUGCCAUAAUAUUUACAGAUGUGUCCCCUGCCUGCAGGGAAUGGGGUAUGAGCAGCCAGCCUCUGGAGCCUUGAGGCUGUGUGUGGGGUCGGUUGAGCAAGGCCUUUUGCUCCCCAGUGAGCAGUUCAUCAGGAAGAUGCUAGAGCUCCAGCCCCCAAGAUGUGUGUAGCUUUAGGGUUAGUGUCUAUUCCAGUGGCAUAAUUGGGUGUCAGAAACACGUGAAAGUAAUGUCAGGUUAAGGGACACUAAGCCUUUAUCAUCGGUGUGGGGCAGACAGAUGAACGCAGCUGCCCCAGUUUGUGGAAAUGGUGGUGCAGAUACAUAUUUUUGACCAUUUAAUUUGAAAGUUUACAUUUUUAUGCUUUGUGUUGGUGUGUAAUUUUUGUACUAUUGGUGGCUAGUUUUUGUCUAAAAUAUCUUUUUUGGAAUAUUGCUUAAAUGUUUUGAUUUUAUGAUAGUGAAGCUUGUAUUCAGUGUUUUGCCAAUUAAUAUUAUAUGCUUGUAAUAAAAGCAAAAGAAAA